AUGGUGGAGCGGGGAGACGCGGCGCCGCUGCUGCGUUGGGCCGAGGGCCCCGCCGUCUCCCCGCCGCUGGCCCCGGACCAGCAGGCUGGAGUCCGGGGCUGGGGCGGCGGCGGGGGCGGCCGGGCGGCCGCGGAGCCGCCGAGGAGGCGGGAGCCCGAGGAGCUGGGUCCCUCCCAGGUGCUGCUGCAGCCCGGGCGUCUGGAGCUGGGCGACGUGGAGGAGGACCAGGUGGUGGCCGUGUUCGUGGUCACCUUCGACCCCCGCUCCGGAAACAUGGUGGAAUGGUGCUUACCUCAAGAUAUUGACCUUGAAGGCGUUGAGUUCAAGUCUAUGGCCAGUGGGUCCCAUAAAAUUCAGUCUGAUUUCAUCUAUUUCCGAAAGGGGCCCUUCUUUGGCCUGGCCUGCUUCGCCAACAUGCCUGUGGAAAGCGAGCUGGAGCGUGGCGCCCGGAUGAAAUCCGUGGGCAUCCUCUCUCCAUCCUACACCCUGCUGUACCGGUACAUGCACUUCCUGGAGAACCAAGUUCGACACCAGCUGGAGACACCGGGACAUUACUCUCGUCUGGCUGCAUUCUACGAGGACAAGAAGGGGGUGCUCCAUGCCAGUCCGGGGAGAGGUGGCAGCCUGCCCCCUGUCUACUGGCUGCCUUCCAUCCACCGGUACAUGUACCCCGAGAUGAAGAUCACACACCCAGCUGGCUGCAUGUCUCAGUUUAUUAAGUUCUUUGGGGAACAGAUACUCAUCCUUUGGAAAUUUGCCUUACUUCGAAAGCGCAUUUUGAUCUUUUCUCCCCCUCCAGUGGGCGUCGUGUGCUAUAGAGUGUACUGCUGCUGCUGCCUAGCCAACGUCUCCCUGCCCGGCAUCGGGGGCACCGUUCCCGAGUCCAAGCCUUUCUUCUACGUGAACGUGGCCGACAUCGAGAGCCUGGAGGUAGAGGUGUCCUACGUGGCCUGCACCACCGAGAAGAUUUUUGAGGAGAAGCGGGAGCUGUACGACGUCUACGUGGACAACCAGAAUGUGAAGACGCACCACGAGCACCUGCAGCCGCUGCUGAAGAUCAACAGUGCCGACCGGGAGAAGUACCGGCGGCUCAGUGAGCAGAGGCAGAUGCUGUUGUAUUCCCAGGAGGUAGAAGGAGAUUAUAACCCCUGUGAAGAGGACCUCUUUGUGCUGUUUUUCCUAGAGCAAAACAAUCGGAUAUUUCAGACUUUACUGGAGGUAUCUGCCAGUCAAGACAAAACUCUGACGGCUGAGCAUGCCCGGGGCAUGGGUCUAGACCCUCAAGGAGACCGGAGCUUUCUCAUGGACCUGCUGGAGGCCUACGGCAUCGAUGUCAUGUUGGUCAUUGACAACCCCUGUUGCCCAUAGGAAGGAUGAGUUCACCCAGGCCCCAGAUGGCCUGAUUUUUAAUUAAGUUGACACAAAGGAAUACUGUUUAUACUUCCAACAAAUGUAACUUUUGCAUCGCCUUCCCUCCCUUCCUCCCUCCCAAGAGGUAAGAUGAGAGCACCUUGGUUUUGUAGGUCGUUGAAAGCUACCGCCUUCAGAGCUGCCGCCGGUUUGGUCUUAGGAGUUAUCAGAGCAGAUUCUCUCAUUGCCUUGUUGAGGGACUUGAGGAGAUGGGGCAAAGGCCGCGUAUCACCAGGCGCGGGCUGAGCUCUGGAAACGUGGGGCUGGACUGUUGAGAAAGUCUGUCUGGUCCUUGUCGCUUGACAUAUCAAGAAUAAGACAGCUGUCCAUCCAGUGUGGCGUUGGAUGUCCACCUGCCUGAAGCAGAAGCUAGACCAGGUGGCCUUUCAAGGUUAUUUUAAUCAGUUCUGGGAGUCUAGUCUUGGGAUCAAAUCCCUUUUCCUGUUUAUUAGAGUCAAUCUGUGUUUUCUCUGUUCACAUAGGUAAGAGACUUCAAAGAGGGACAAAGGAUAUUUCUGUCACCAAGUGUGAGCUUCUCUAAGGACAGAUGACAGGGAGAGGUUGCUUCUCAGUCACCUGAGAGCUAAAAUUGUAGAAUGAAGCCUUGAAACCUUUCUCUGAGUAAGUUAAUGGUGGCCACUCCACGUAAUCGUCCUUUUUCUCUGAAUCCCCUCCUCUUGGGGACGGGCUGGCAGAUUCCUUCGGGCCGAUGUUAACAAGAGUGUGUACCAGUUUGGAGCCCUGAUAAACGAACUUCUCUUUAGCAGAGACGACAUUUGUCGAACUGAGUAAUUGGGACCAGAGAGGUACAGGUUUGUUAGAGAGCAAACGUGGCAGUCCCUCCACCCAGGAAAGUAGUUGGGAACCCUGAGAGUGAGCUCCUCUGCUUUGCUCCAGAGUGUUCUGCCCUGGGACAGCUCCUGUCAGCCCUGCCUGUUCUCUUUGGCUGGGGCAUUCGGUGGAUGCCAGCUUAGGUGAGACAGUCAGUCUGUUAGCCAGAGAAGCGAGCUCCUGGAGCAGCGUUUAGGUCUUUUGGGGUCUGUUUAGGAUUUUGACUUGGGAUCCUGGGUUGUUGGUGACAAAUAACUUCUUGCCCUUCACCAUUCCUGCCUGGCUCUGUUAUUGGAAUAGCCAUCCGUAUGUCCAUGUCUGGGACCAAGUUCCAGCCAGGCAAAUGUCCACAGAGAUGACUUCCAAAUAGAUGGGUCACAUGUCUUAUCUGAAGACUAGCUUUAUAGGGCUUAUUGCUUUAUUUAAAAAUAUUUUCACUGUAGCCCCUUGACAUGGAAUUGAAGACUAAAGAAAUUCGCAUGUGGAAAUGCACAGACACUGAUUAAUCAAGGUAGCAUCUUUUAUGUAAGUAUAUAAAUCACUUUGGGCAUUGAAUUGUAAACUGUACAUUUUUCUCCCCUGUGGCUUUAGCCUUUAUUUCAGUAAUACAUAUGUUUACAAACGAAAAAAAGAAUCUGUGUUUAGAAGCUGAAGCUUCACUGCCUUUUUCCUGGAAGAGUGACUGGAGAAGAAGUGGCCUUUCUAACUUGGGUCAAGUUAUGGUUACUUUUAUAUACUUUUAGUGGUAUCCGAAGGCUCAGGGCUUUCUCUGUUGGGGGUGGGUGGUCAGAAGUAGGGGCGGGCGUAAAAGGGAAGGUCAGAUUCUCGUGGAGGACACAGGCAGACCCUCUUUCUGUGCAGCUGGGGAAUUUGCUGGGAGAAUACUCUAUUUAAGCACUUCUGCUCCAGAGGCCUUCUGCGUGAGAACGCUUUUGUUUUUGUGGUAUUGUAACUCCAAGCUCAGACGUGCUGAUGUAAAGGUAGUAGGAUGAAGAUGAGAUUCCUGUAUCUCCCUUUGAAUGGUGGGCCCAGGCUUCUGUGCUCCUUUUAGCUCCCUGCCGUCCUAGGCAGCUGUCCAUCUGGCAUCUCUGUGUGUCCCCCCGAUGCUCACGCAGAGGUCUGGGCUGGGGGUGGCCCUGGGAGGGGUGCACCCAUGAGGCAGUGCCACUCUGAGGUCAUACGCACCCUGGGCUCGGCCGACCUUGAAGAGGAAACCCAAGCAUUGGUUCUUCCCUGCAUUGCCAGCUUCCUGCGGGGGGGCCAGGAGUCUAGUGCAGCGCCCUCUGCUGGGCCGGCCGGCGCACCGUUGCCCUGUGGUUACCCUCGUCACUGCCUGUCGUCCCCCGGGAAUGCAGAUGUGGCACCUCUUGCUCCCGAGGUCACAGGUCACCGUUUGAAGGCUCUCUCAGGUGGGCAGCACCCACGGCGUCGCUUGCUGCCAGGUCCCUGAGAGGGGAGUUCGUAGGUGAGGUACCAGGCAAGACUCCCUGCGCAGGGACGGCAGAAGCUCGAGGCCACACAGACCUGCUUGUGUGUCGCUGUGGAAAUAUUUUCUGAGAACCCCCCUGCUUUUGUUUGGAAGCUUUGGAGAAUGUCCCUUUCCCUGUCCCCAGAAGGGACAGGGGUUACUGUUGCUACUGUGGCCUUCUGGAGCAGGUCGGGGGCCUCCUGUCCCUCUAGACCCUUGGACCACCCCCCUCCCUCCCCACUGUACCAGCUGGCGUGGUCCUGCUGGGGGACUUUAAGCCUGAUCUAACGCCAAGCUGCGAGCCACGUCCUAACUUGGAAACACUGCUGACCUGAGACACGGGGGCUGCCAGGUCACCCCUGAGUCAAGUUAGAAGAAACUCUCGGUGGCGAGAGUCCUUGUGGGACCUAGAACCCAGGCUUGGGGUUUGUUGAUGUCUGUAAGGUACGACAGAGUUCUGGUGAAAUGGACUUUUCACUUAUGCAGGCUGGGCAGAUGGUACCAUUCAGCCUUUGGGACAAUGUCCAGUUGUCCUCUGGAUUAGGACUCUUCAGGAGUCAGAAAUGGUAGGACUUAUCUUUCACCAGACCGAAAAGUAUGGGCCAAAUAAGAGUUUAGAAUUAGCUUUGGCUUUUACUAAGCCUGAAGCACUCCGUAGGCCUGGUGUAGAUCCCUGCUAGCGGAAGUGCCUGUACAGCCCCCGGUGAGUUAGGAUUGCUGUGGGUCAGCAGGCAUCUGUCUCCCGGAGCCAUCCUUCAUCCUGGCAUCAUAUCUUCCAUUUGGCUGAGGGAGGGACGCUAACUUCAUUGAUAUAGCGAUAGAAAUAAUUUAGCAUAGGAAUUUGCAUUUAUAACUUACCUUGUUUUGUCCCACGUGAAAAUCAAGAUGGGAAAUUUAAGUAUAGCACAGGGUGCAGAUAAUUCUCAGUGCCACGUGUGAAGGUUCAUUUAUCAGUGUAACUCCUGUAUUUUAGCUAGAAGGUAAAGAUAAGUGCAAUCAUGGCUGAAUCACUGUUUUUCAUUCUGGUGGUUCUGAGGAUGAACUUGCUAUUUGUCUUGAUACACUGAAAGCCCUUCAAACGCAAUAAAAAGGUAAGAUUAUUCACCUUUAAACCGAGGCCUUUGGGGAACCUUUUGUAAAGGGCAGUGAAGAGUUAACCUUUUAACGGCAGUUAAAGGAAGAGGCGGGGACCUCAGGGACUGUUUGUUUUGUUUUGUUUUGUUUUAAAUGAAACUGCAGAGCCCAGGGAAUGAGCUGAGGUGCUUCCUCCACUCCCAGGACGGAUCAUACUUGCAGAGGUAGAGGAGGGGGAGGGCGCUGCUGAAUAGAAUAAGACAGUGAACUUGCUUUGGUGUGAUGACAGUUCUCCAACAGGCAAGGUUAGUAUGGGGACUGGCGUGUCUCACACGGGCUUUCAUCUCCCCGUUAGGUUCCUGGCUGGUGGGCUCAGACUCUGCGAAAGGGCCAGUCCUCGGGUCUUUUCCCUGAAUUCCUGCUGUACUUAGUGCCCUGCAGUGAGGAUCCUGCAGACCUGGGGCUCACUCCAGCAGGCCAGUCCGUCCCCUCUCAUUUCAGGAAAGCCCUUUUGUGAUUCAGGUAGGGGAAGAGGAGUUCAGGGCUCCUUUUACUCCCAAGUCAUGGAUUUUUAAUAUUCCAUUUGUAUUACCAGUAUACCUCUGUUCCCCGGAGCUACUGGGGUGGAGUGCUGUGGAAAAAGGCUAACUGUGAAUUUAGUUCAUGUUUUUCUUAUAAGAAAUGGAAGUUUAUUUUUAUAUCGAUAUUACUAUGUGAUGAAUUGAGUAUGCAGAUGUUGGAAGGAAAUUUCAAAACUAUAAUCCUAGAAGAAACGGGCAGUAUUGCAAUUUGGAAGCAGCUGAGACCCCAUAAGAGUUUUGUUAUUUAAAUGUUUGGGUGAGUGAAUAAGGACUGUCCUGUGAAAUCUAACACAGCCUCUCGAGGAGAUAAAGUUGACAGUCCGAUGGAGGAUGACAGACAUUCACCAACCUUAAGUAAGAUUCUUGUAUGAAAGGGGGUGAAUGUGAUCAUGCUGGAGGCAGGUGAGAGGCAGGGGUAGUUUUAUAACUGGCACUUUGACUCAUUUGUGGAGCUGGAACACAGGGGCCACUUGGUGAAACUGCACAUUUAGAAAGGAAGUAAGAAUUUUCCAGAGCUAGAGAAAUGAUGACGGAGAAGUAAAGCCCUGCAUUCAUCUCUUUAGCAUUUAUUCUAGAAGCUCAGCGUAGUGGGCUUUUAGAGGUAAUAGGGUCUAAAUUCAGAACAUUUAUUUAACUACCAUGGAAGGCUAGGUAUGAAUGACCUCUGUUUGCUGUGGAAUGCCUCUUUAGACUCAUGGUACAUGUACUUUGCUUUCUGAGGACCGCUGGGGGAUGCAGGGGUGGGGUGUAGGGUAUUAUGAACUAGCUGGAGAUGAUCCACGAAAUGACAAAUCCACGCACGGGUCACUGAGUUCACUGGCUGUUAACAUAUACCAUUGACGUUGGAGUGAAAACUCCUUCCUUUGGCCAAAUCAAGCAAAGAUAAAAGUCUCAAAACAUUUUGAAGGCAGCAUCAGGAAAUGAGUUUCGGUCUAG